AAUUCGCUUUAUAUUUACGCAACAAAGUUAUUAAAUUGCAUUAGUAAUCUGUUUAUCUUUUCCAGCAUGCACUAAGUUUAAUUUCAUUGACAGGCAUAAAAUCUUAUUUAUUACCCUAACGUAAAUCCUCACUGAAACUACAUGGUAUUCAUGUUUUUCUCAUGGGUCAAUAUUAGAGACAAGUAACACUAAUUAAAAGCUGGUUGCACAUUCAUGUGGGGAGAUAUAGUGUUUAGACGAGCGAAGCUGGCCAUUAGAUACCAUGUCAUGCCUUUGUCACCAAUUUCCUAUUACACCGGUAGCAGUUGUUUAAAUAACGACUCCGUUGUUGCUGGGGAGCUGUGAGAGUUAUUUCCCCCUGUUCGUUGGCUGCCGGUAGAGGGAGAGGGUGUCUCCUGAAUGGCAGCUUCCAGGCUGGGACUUUACUGAGGAGAAGCAAUUCUAUCCGAAUGUUAUUCUUCUUUCCGACCGAAAAGGGAAACUCAAGAAUAUAAAUAUAGAUCUUUAGAGGGUGUCAUAAGACACUGACACGCUUUGAAGGAUUUCUUUUUAGAAAUUCCUUAUGUCUUUUGUGAGUAUAUUUUUAUGCAAGGUGUUCGUUUCCUAAAAAACUUCAAAUUCUUCCCAAAAAAUAAGAAGAAAAAGGAUUUAUUUAUUAUUUUUAGCUUCAAACAAGUUUGGGAAAUGUAUUGUGGAAUUAUUUGUAACUCUUCUAAUUCGUGCUGUCUAAAUGAGGAUUUUUAUUUUUAUGAUGUUAAUUGGAAAAUCGGAAUCACAAGAAACAAAUGAAGAAAUGAGUUUUGCUUGUUUCAUUGAAGAGAAAAAAAAAAUUUAUUUAUUUAAAACUUUAUAGAUAAUUAUGAAAAAGAAAAAUAACUAUUGGAAAACGUCUGCACUAAAUAUAAACACGGACAAACUUUAAAAGAUUGAUAAUAAUUGAAUGAAAAAUUAAAAAAGGAAAAACCUCAACACAGCAAAGUAAGAUUUUAAUGAAAAAGUACGGAAAUGUCGAUGACUACUAAACUUUGUGUAAAGUCAUGAAAGUUUUAUCUGGAUUAUUUAGUAAGUGUCAACGUAUCAUUGAAAUAUGAAAAUCUUACGUUGGCGAAUCAAUAUUUGCCAGUGGGCAAGCAACUUACGUUUCUCUCUCAACACCACUUGCGAUCUCAUCAAAUUAAUGUAUUUCAGUCUCUGUUACAACGCGUUCACCUCACCCAGUCUAAUUCUAGAGACUGGUUUGGAACCAGUUUUUUGGAUCGUGGACCACUUUGCCAAGUACAUGGGACCCAUUCUGAUGUUUAUUGUGUUUGCGUUGUGUAGCAUUGGUCUUGUUAUAUUUUAUGUGAUUAUGAUACCUCGGUACCUUUCUUAUGGUUGGCACUGGUUCCUACCGAAUUUCAUCUUUGGAAAUUGGUUGUUGGUUAACACAGUAUUCAAUUAUGUGAUGGGCUGUCGCACGAAUCCAGGCCACCCACCUCAGAUUGUUCCCGAAGUGGUGUCCAUCUGCAAACGUUGUAUUUCACCGAAACCACCCCGGGCCCAUCAUUGCAGCGUUUGUAAGAAGUGUGUUCUUCGAAUGGACCAUCACUGCCCUUGGCUCAACAACUGUGUUGGCUUCUACAAUCACCGUUAUUUCUUUCUAUACAUGGUCUACAUGAUGUCCGGCUGUCUCUAUGCAUGUUUUCUUUUCUAUCCAUUAUUCUACGAUAAUUUUUAUGUCGGCAAAGAAGUCGUAUUCCACGGAGUACUGUAUCCCCUUAACAUGGCUUACCAGUUUUGGAUGUCUAAAAACAAAAGCUACACAUACAUAGCUAUCUCUAAUGGUACUUCUGUGAAACGAACUCCUCCUCCUCAAUCUUUCAACCAGCUCACAUUAUCGGAUCAGAUUUAUCAUCAUUCUGUGAUUUUUGUGUUUUUCCUGGGGUUUGGCUGUGUUAUAGCCCUGAGCAUCCUCUCUUUGUGGCAUGCACGCCUUGUGAGUCGUGGUGAGACUAGUAUUGAAGUUCACAUUAACAAAAAUGAAAGGAAAAGGCUUAAAAAACUUGGACAGACCUAUGUGAAUCCUUAUGAUUUUGGUUUUGUCCAGAACUGGAAGUUAUUCUUUGGCCUGACUGAAGGUAGGACAUUCUGGCGUCACAUUCUCUUUCCAUCUCGACACAAGCCUCCAGGAAAUGGUUUACAGUGGAAAACAACUACAUUUACUGUGGAUAAUUUUGAAAAUAUUCAUGUGUUGUGACACAGUUGGUACAGCUAUAUCAAUUUUGUAUUUUGCAGCUCAAAUGUAUUUCAUUGAAAAAGUCCCAAUCAAAAUAGCUGACACUGAUGUUCUAUGAAUAUUUGUUGAAAUUAUGAAAUUGUUGUCCUGUCAUAGUGUAACUGAAAUAACUAGGGUAUAUAUUUAUGACUAAGGUGUAUAUUUAGACAAUCAUUCACUUAGUCCUCUUUUGCAAGUUAGACAUGAGGUAACGUUUUUUUUGUUUUGUUUUUUUUUUGUUUUUUUUGGCUGAAAAUAAUGUAACUUAUUUAUUUUCUCUAAUUAAGCAAAGGAAUAUUAUUUUGUAUGGAAAUACUGAGAUUCAUAUGUUGUUGAAAUAAGAAAGUUAAGGUUAUAAGAAUAGGUGUUAAUAUAUAACUUGGGAGUAGUUGAAUAUUGCAAAUAGAUAUAAGAAAAAAAAAAAAGACUUUAUUUUGACUGAAAAACUUAUUUUUCAAAAGAAUUCACCUUCUGACUCCUUCCAUUUUGAGUAAAGAACUUUGCCUCUAUCAAGGACUGUCAAAUGCUCAAGGAAAACUAAUUUAAGUCUCUGCAGAUUACCUUUUUACUAUUUUUUUUUUCUGUAACUUUAAGUUGUUUCUCUGCCUUUUUUGGCCAACAUGAUGCUUUUAAGCAGUGUUCUCUUAUACAUUCCACCUAGAUCUUUCCAAUUUAACAAGUUCCAUUUUUUUUGUUUGCCAUUUAUUCAUACAGUGGAUCAUAUUUCUUCCUUAAUUACUCAUCUUCUGAUUGUAAUCUAUGACAUAAGGGGGGAGAAAAAGUGGAUGAAAGCAAUGCUACUAAAAUUGGAACCAACAACAACAACAAUAAUAACUUGAAAUGCUUCAAAAUAGGUAAAUCUUGCACCCAACUCUAAUUUUUAUUUGAUUAAUUUUUUCAAAACACCUUUCAGAUUUCUGUUUCAAACAGCAGAACCUUUGAUGACAAAAUAAUCAAAAUUUAAUUUCAUCUCUCUUUUUCCAUCAUUUGGUUUUAGUUUUCAAAAUUGAAAUUCUUGAAAUAUUAGAAGGGAAAUCUUCAAAAUCAGUAAAAUAAUUUUAUUUUGAAAGCAAAUAUAAAGCUAAUAGCGGAAAAGAGAAAUGUAAGGUUGAGAAAUGAAGCCAGUCGAAAACAGAAAUUGAGAAUUGUUGGCGGAAUCUUGAUUAUGGCUUAGAUAUAGGGUGAAGAAUGGAUUUUGCAUAUCUUCUCCAGGUCAUUUGGUGAUCCAGGGACUUUGGAAUGGUUGGCCAGGCACUGGUUGAUUAGAACCAUUUCCGUAUAUUUUGUAUCUGAUGUACCAGGUGGUGUAGUUAAUGUAGUUGUAAACGAUCAUCACCACCAUGCAAGCAGUGUUGUUUCUGGUGUUUUGUGGAAAACAUGUCUGGCCAUGUGAAAAUAUUACAUUGCUUGGAAACAGGCAAGUGUUAGUGACAGGAAAAGCAUCUGACUGUAAAAAAAAAAAAAGUACUCUCUCACUAAAUUCUGUCUGAUCCAUGGAAAAUGGAUGUUAAAUGAUGCUUCAGAAUUAUCAAUGUUCAAAAUAGUUUUGAAGAAAUCUCUGAUUUAUCUUUUCUGAAACUUUUAUUUGUUUCAAUAAUUCAAGAAAGACAACGCUUAACAUUCUUCAUUAUUGUUAGCCCCAAUUUUAAUAUCAUUGCUUUCAUUCACUUUUACUUGAUGCUGUCGUUCUUCACUAUUUCAUCAAUAUUCCAUCAGUUUGUGCUGAAAUUCCAUCAUGGUGUGACCAUUUUUAAAAUCAUCCUCAAGUAAUUCUCACCAUAUUCCAAGAAACCACUUGACUGUAGUAAGAUUGAAACCUUCAAGAUAUUCUUCUUCUUUGGCCCAGUUUCUCAUCAUUUGCCAUCUGAAUGAUUAACUUUUGGAUCAAAAAGUAUUAUAACAUGUCUUUCAAUUACAUAGUUUUAUUUUAUUUUUUUUCUUGUUUCCCUUACAAACUGGCAUUUCUUUGAAAAUGCUAUAAUUUUAUUUUGCUUUAAAUAUAUAAAUAUUAUCUUAUAAAUGUCUGGUUAUGUCUUUUAUAAACUGUAAAUUUUUUUGUCAUUUUUUUCCCCCCGUUUUUUUCUUGUUUGUUUUGUCAAUUUGUUAAAAGAUAAAUCUCUAUUUUUAUUUUCAAAACAAUGAUAACCAAUUUUUUUAAAAAUUGUCAGUGAAAAAUAAAUAAACAAAAAAAAGACCCCAACAAAUCUUGUUCAAAUGAGUCAAUGUGUAAUUAACGGAAUCGGACAUAAAACAUUGGAAUCAGGACCUUGUGAUUCUGACUCAACAUUUUAAUUACCUUCGUCCAAUUCUUCAGAACAUCCUGACCCUCUCACCUGUGCAAUAAAAAUUCAUUUUCAUUCCAUCAA